UCAAACUGAGCCUAUACUUCAUAGGUGAGUAUUCAAACCAAAACAUGGAAUGAGAAACAUCAGAAUUUUUAAUCCCAAUAACUAUUCUCCAAGCAACUGGGUGGGCAGUCCACUACAUAUUUCUUUCCUUAUUUUUUUUGUAAUUUUUUUUUAAACGUAUGUAUUGCAUUUUCUAUCUAUAAAUACCUCUCCAUGCACCCAAAACCUUCAUGCUCAUAAUCUCUCCACCCAAUAACUACUCCUAAUAGCUUCGAGUAACAAACCAACGAUGGCAGCCUUAGCAAAUAGGUUUUCCAACCAGUUUAUUCCUUUCCAUGUCCUGUUUGUCUUUGUCAAGAUCCUUGCAUUGGUCUUUUCUUCUAAUUCUACUGCUUAUGCUUCUUCUGCAACUAGUAAAGUUGGAGAAGAACAAACUGAAGCAAUGGCUCUCUUGAUGUGGAAAGCUAGCCUUGACAACCAUAGUCAAUCUCUCCUGUCAUCUUGGAAUGGAAGCAGUCAUUGCAAUUGGGUUGGAAUUGGAUGCAAUAAGGCUGGUCGAGUCACCCAUAUAGACCUUGAGAGUUCUAGUUUGAGAGGUACGCUUUCCAAUCUUAGCUUCACUUCCUUUCAUCAUCUCCUCAGUCUUAAACUUUACAACAACUCAAUCUACGACACCAUCCCCUCACAGAUUGGUAGCCUUUCGAGACUCACCAAUCUUAGCUUGUCCAACAAUCAUCUUUCAGGAAUAAUUCCAUCAGAAAUAGGAAAUCUCAAUUCACUCUUUGAUCUCUCUUUGUCGUCUAAUAGCCUCAUAGGGUCAAUACCUCCGUCUAUACGAAAUUUGGGCAAUUUAACCAAAUUACACCUUUUCAACAACCAACUUUCUGGACCCAUAACCCAAGAAGUUGGGAUGCUUAGGUCUCUUUUUGUUCUUUCAUUGUCAGGGAACAACCUUACUGGAUCAAUCCCUCGUGAAGUUGGAUUGCUAAGGUCUCUUAUUGAGCUCGAUUUCUCAGAAAACAAUCUCAUGGGUUCAAUACCUUCUUCUAUUGGGAACUUGGGUAAUUUAACCAUUUUGUACCUGUUUGAAAACCAACUUUCCGGAUCAAUCCCUCAAGAAGUUGGGUUGUUAAGGUCUCUUAUUGAGCUUGAUUUCUCAAAAAACAAUCUCAUGGGUUCAAUACCUUCUUCUAUUGGGAACUUGGGAAAUUUAACCACGUUGUUUCUAUAUGAAAACCAACUUUCCGGAUCAAUCCCUCAAGAAGUUGGGUUGUUAAGGUCUCUUAUUAAGCUUGAUUUCUCAGAAAACAAUCUCACAAGUCCAAUACCUUCUUCUAUUGGGAACUUGGGUAAUUUAACCUUUUUAUCCCUUCGUGGAAACCAACUUUCCGGAUCAAUCCCUAAAGAAGUUGGUUUGUUAAGGUCUCUUAGUAACCUCAGUUUGGGCUUUAACAAUCUCAUGGGUUCAAUACCUGCUUCUAUUGGGAACUUGGGUAAUUUAACCGCUUUAUACCUUCGUGAAAACCAACUUUCCGGAUCAAUCCCUAAAGAAAUUGGGUUGUUAAGGUCUCUUAGUUACCUCAAUUUGAGAGAGAACAAUCUCAUGGGUUCAAUACCUUCUUCUAUUGGGUAUUUGGGUAAUUUAACCGAUUUAUAUCUAUAUCGAAACCAACUUUCCGGAUCAAUCCCUGAAGAAGUUGGGUUGUUAAGGUCUCUUAAUGAGCUUGAUUUCUCAAAUAAUAAUCUCACGGGUUCAAUACCUUCUUCUAUUGGGAACUUAGGCAACCUAACACUUUUAUAUCUUUCUUUCAACAAUCUCACUGGACACAUCCCUUCCACUAUUGGGAAGUUGAAGAACCUCCAAGAUCUUUCUAUAUGUAGAAAUCAAAUAUCUGGCUCCAUCCCUCCUGAGUUAGGAAAGCUAAACUCUCUUAUAUGGUUUGGCUUGUUAGGGAACAAACUCACCGGCUCCAUUCCUCCAGAAUUUGAAAACCUUACACAUUUACAGUUAUUUGAUAUAUAUGAUAACAAAAUUACAGGUUUUCUACCUCAGAAUAUAUGCCUUGGUGGAUCACUUACAAAACUGGUUGCAUCAAACAACAACUUAAUAGGCAGAAUCCCGAAGAGCUUGAAAAAUUGCAAGUCUUUAACUCAAGUUAGGCUUCAACAAAACCAACUCACAGGGAACAUAUCAGAAGAUUUUGGGUUUCUCCCCAACUUGGUUUAUAUCGAUCUGAGCUAUAAUAAUUUCUAUGGUGAGCUUUCGCAAAACUGGGGGCGCUGCCACAAUUUGACUAGCCUAAAGAUCUCUGAAAAUAAAAUCUCUGGAAAGAUAUUGCCGGAGCUUGGAGGGGCAACUCAAUUACAAGUGCUUGACCUUUCUUCAAAUAAUCUAGUUGGGGAGAUCCCUAAGAAUUUGGAAAAUUUGAACUUAUUGUUUGACCUUACUCUGAGCAAUAAUAGACUUUCAGGCAACAUUCCAGCAGAAUUGGGAAGCCUAUCCAAUCUACAAAAUCUAAACUUGGCAACAAACAAACUUAGUGGCUCAAUUCCAAGUCAAUUGGGGGAGUGUGUAAAGCUACUGAACUUAAAUCUAAGCGAAAAUCUUCUCAGCGGUGGUAUUCAAACUGAAAUAGGCAAAUUGCAAUUUCUUCAAACUCUUGAUCUUGGAAACAAUUCAUUGACGGGUGAGAUUCCACAACCGAUUGGGGAAUUGCAAAUCUUAGAGACAUUAAAUCUUUCCCACAAUAGUCUGUCUGGUUCCAUUCCGUCCUCUUUCAAUGGGAUGAGAAGUUUCACAUCUAUUGACAUAUCUUACAAUCACUUGGAAGGUCCUUUGCCCAACACCAAAGCCUUUCAAGAUGCUCCAUUUGAGGCAUACGUGGGUAAUGAUGGUUUGUGUGGAAAUAAGACUGGUUUGAUGCCAUGCUCUCCAAACAUAAGCAAUGGGGCUAAAGGUAACAAGCACAACAAAAUUUUGCUUUUGGUCUUAGUUCCUGUUUCGGGAAUUUUAUUACUUGGGGCUAUUGGGAGUUUUCUAGUCCUUCGGAAAAGAGUGGGAAACAUAGCAAAUGAGCCUGAAGGAGCUAAUAAUGAAAAUUUGUUUGCAAUAUGGAGCUAUGAUGGAAAAAUGGUCUAUGAAAACAUCAUUGAAGCAACAGAGGGCUUUAAUGCCAGACACUGCAUUGGCGUGGGAGGAUGUGGCACUGUUUAUAGAGUUGAGUUGCCAAGUGGUCAGAUUGUUGCUGUGAAGAAACUUCACUCUUCACAAGACGGUGAGUUGGCCUACCUAAGAAGUUUUACAAGUGAGAUUCAUGCAUUGACAGAGAUACGACAUCGUAAUAUCAUAAAGCUUUAUGGUUUUUGUUCGCAUCCACAGCACUCAUUUUUAGUUUAUGAGUUUUUGGAAGGAGGGAGCUUGGAAAAGAUAUUGAGCAAUGACGAAACAACAUUGGAUUUUGAGUGGACUAAGAGGGUGAAUGUUGUUAGUGGUUUGGCAGAUGCUUUGUCAUACAUGCACCAUGAUUGCUUGCCACCGGUCAUCCAUCGUGAUAUAUCAAGCAAGAAUGUUCUGCUAGAUUCAGAAUACGUGGCUCACAUAUCUGAUUUUGGCACUGCUAGACUUCUAAACCCUCACUCUUCCAAUUGGACCUCGUUUGCAGGAACCUUUGGAUAUGCGGCUCCAGAACUUGCUUACACAAUGCAAGUGAAUGAGAAGUUGGAUGUUUAUAGCUUUGGAGUUUUAAUGCUGGAAGUGUUAAUGGGGAAGCAUCCGGGUGAUCUCAUCACAUAUGUUUCCGCAUCACCAGUCACUGCUCAUGAUAUAUUGUUGAAAGAUAUAUUGGAUUCGCGCCUCCCAAUUCCUAGGACUCGUAUGGAAAAAGAAGUGGUCCUUGUUGCAAAGCUGGCGUUGGCAUGUUUACACACCAGUCCACAGUGCCGACCAACAAUGCGACAAGUUUCUGUGGCUCUAUCAAAACAGAGGCCGCCUCUGCCAAAUUCAUUCCACUUGAUUUCAUUAGGACAACUCUUUGAAGUCAAUCAUUUGGCAUCUUGAGAAUUCUCAUUUUGAUGGGUCAAUUGUUAUGUGUUAUCGUUCUCUGAUUUCCACUUCAAAAUUUGAUUUUUGUUCUCUUUGUUAUUUAUUUAUCUACCCUUUGCUGUGAGGUAUAUAAUUUGGCUUAGAUUGCUAGUUUUGGAUGCUUGCUCUGCUGAUUAUGUCUUGUUUUGAAGAAAAUGGAAAAUGAGAAAAAAAAUAGUAUAUUUCAGUAAUAAUUUUCUAAGAAUAUUUUAGAUAUGGUGAAAGGCUGAUGCUGUUAUGUGGCGGCCAUGUUUUUGUAGUUUUAAGGUAGGAUCCAUUUCGCUUCCAUGCUAGUUCCAAACUUACCACUAAACCCAAGACAAGUACAAUUUAAUUGUUGUUUUUCUUGUUUUUACAGUUUGCAUCUGAAAUAUA